UUUUUUUUUCAAAAUGAAGAAUUUUCCAACGGAGGUUGUACAAAGAAUCGUAUCUAAUCUUCAAGAUGUUAAAAAUCCACAUUAUUUAUUUUCAACCUUGAUGGUUAAUAAAGAAUGGUGUAAAGUAUCAGUACCAUAUUUAUGGGAAUUAACAUUAGAUUAUAUACCGGAUAAAUAUAAUUCAUAUAAAUGUAUUAUAACAUAUUUAUCAAAUGCUGAAGAAAGUUCAAGAAAUUUUUUGAGAAAUCAUGGAAUGGAUUUAUUAACAUCACCACCUUGGUCAACUUUUAAUUAUCCAACAUAUUUAACAUCAAUAAAUUAUCAUCAUUUAGCAAUAUUAAUUCAAUCAUAUUUAUCAAAAACAAAUGAUGAUAAUAAUGAUGAUUUUAUAUCAGCAAAAGAAAGAUUAAUAUUUCAAGAAUUAUUUAAAUUAUUUAUGAAAAAAAGUAAAUAUAUUAAAAAAAUUACAAUACCUGAUACAAUUAAUUUAGAUGGAAUUAUGGAAGAUAUACCUUUUAUUACUCGUUAUAAUGGUGCAAGUAAAUGUUUAAGAGGAUUAAAAGAAUUUUAUUGUUAUUGGAAUUUUAAUGGAAGUUUUUAUAAAUCAAUACUUAAUAUUUGUAAAAAUAUUCAAAUAAUUAAAAUUUAUAUUGAUGCUUAUUAUGAUGUGGAAUAUUUAUCAAAAUUAAUUUCUAUACAAUCAAAUUUAAAACAAUUAAAAAUUGAAGUACAAGAAAUAACUGUUGGAAGUAGUAUUAUAAUAAAUGAUUAUUGUACUCCUAUAUUUAAUUCUAUAUUAGAUCAAAAAAAUUCCAUACAAAAAUUAGAAUUAAUUAAUUUUUCUUUUCAAUUUGCUGAUAAAGAAAUUUUUGAAAAAUUAAUUAAUUGUAAAUAUUUAAGAUUUUUAUCAAUUUAUAAAUGUAAAUUCUUGGAAUCUCUUAAUUUUUCUUCUUUAAAUGGUAUUCCUAGUUUAGAAGAAUUUUAUUAUUGUCAUAAGAUUGAUGAUUAUUUUCCUGAAAAUUUAAUUAUAAGUUUAUUUCAUUCAAAUUUAAGAAAAAUUAAAUUAUCUUUUCAUACAAUGAAUAUUAUAGAAGCUAUUAUUAUUAAUUGUCCAAAUUUAGAAAUUUUAAAAUUAUCAACUUCUUUAAAUCGAAAGAAUAUUUUAGAUAUUUUCUCUUCUUGUAAUCAAUUAAAAUAUUUUUCUUUUAAAGGUAAUCAUGGUGGUAAUAAUGAAAAUAAUUUAUUAAUUCAAAUGAGUAAAUUUGUUCCUUUAACUUUGGAAAUAUUAGAAAUUCAAAUGUGUUUACAACAUCCUUGGAUUUUUUCUGCUGAUUCCUUGAAAUUUUUCUUAAAAGCUUCUAAAAAUUUAAAAUUAUUAAAAAUUAUUCAUAAAGAACCUCAACAAACAUUAGAUCAACAAUUUUCUAAUCCUUUAACUCCGGAAAAUUCUACCAUGAAAACUUUAUCAAGAGAACAUUUUGAUGUUAUUAAAGAAUCUGGUAUUGGUCUUUAUAUGACAAGUGGAAUCAAAUUUAGUAAAAAAUUAUAUCCAAAUUACGUUCAUACUAUAGAAAUUCCCAGAAAGAUUUAAAUAGUAGUUAAAUUAACGUUAGAUUUUAACGUAGGCAGAAUUUUAGAUUUAUAUUGUAUAUAUUGAAAAAUUUUAUUUUUUUUUUUUUUAUAAAUAAAAUCCGUAAUUUUAUAUCAUAAUUUAAAAAUAUGGGAG